GAAAAGGAGCAAAAAGAAAAAAUAUAAAAGGGUUAAAAAGCGAGAGCUCUUUGUUUUGGUCCAGUGGAUAACACCGGACGAAAGAAAGAGAAGCUCCCCUUCUUCUUCUUCUUCUCCUCCACAGCUCUCUGGUUCUGUUUUCGAACUCGGCCAUUAGCAACACAGAGUGAGAUUAUCUUCGCUUGGUCUUGAUUCAUCGAUCGGUUUCGGGGACGACGUAGAGCAAAAUCUCGGGUUUUCGAUUUCAACUAUUUUCUAAAAUCUUCAAAUCCAACCCUAACCCUAAGCCAGCAAUCGAAUCCAAUUGGAGUGGCAGAGAUGGCGCCGGCGGCGGCGAAACCGGGGAAGCAAGGCGGCGGGGACGAAGGAAGAGCGGCGUCGAACAAUCUGUGGGUUGGGAACAUCGAGAGGGACGUCACCGACUCGGAUCUGUAUGACCUGUUCUCCCAAUAUGGUGCGUUGGACGGCGUGACGUCAUACUCGACGCGCAGCUACGCGUUCGUGUUGUUCAAACGCAAGGAGGAGGCUGCGGCGGCCAAGGAGGCUCUGCAAGGCACUCCUGUGCGGGGACAACCCAUUAAGAUCGAAUUUGCUCGACCGGCAAAACCAUCCAAGAAGCUAUGGGUAGGUGGAAUUAGCCCAUCUGUGUCGAAGGAAGAAUUAGAAGAAGAAUUUCUCAAGUUUGGAAAAUUGGAGGACUUCAAGUUCCUUAGAGACCGGAAUACUGCAUGUCUUGAAUAUUGUAGAUUGGAGGAUGCUUCUGAAGCAAUGAGAAAUAUGAAUGGGAAGCGAUUGGGUGGUGACCAGAUGCAGAUACAUGUGGAUUUUCUUCGAUCACAACCUUCGACCGCAAGAAGGGAACAGUUGCCUGACUACCGAGAUGGACAGUUUCUUGGCAGAGGUAUCAUGGGGCCUGCUGCUGAUUCUCAUUCUGGUCAUAAAAGAAAACAGCCUUAUUCUCAAAUUUCUGGCCAACCCAGUAGCUCAGUUCUGUGGGUUGGGUACCCUCCUUCUGUCCAAAUUGACGAACAAAUGCUCCACAAUGCCAUGAUUUUGUUUGGUGAGAUUGAGAGGAUUAAAAGUUUUCCUUCAAGGCACUACUCAUUUGUCGAAUUCAGGAGCGUAGACGAAGCUCGGCGUGCCAAGGAGGGUUUGCAAGGCAGGCUUUUCAAUGAUCCUCGGAUCACAAUUAUGUUUUCAACCAGUGAUCUGCCACCAGCUGGCCCAUACCAACCGGGAGGAGGCAAAUGGUCUACUCCUAGACCUGAUAUGCAUCUAUUUAAUGAACAUUCAAUGAGCAACUUAGGGCCUGGAGCUCUACCACAAAGUCCAAGUGGUAACUUUCUUGGACCAAAUGACGUUCCAAUGAGGCCUUUAGGUCCUCUGCCUCCUGGUAGAUUUGAUGAUCUGCUUUAUUAUCAAGAUGGCAGUUCCAAGAAGAGCCGCCUUAGUCCACCUGGUGUCAGGGGCAUAGUUGGAGGUCCUAGGCCUCCUGAUGAUGAUUACAUCUGGCGUGGCAUUAUUGCCAAGGGUGGAACACCCAUUUGUCGUGCUCGUUGUGUCCCUGUAGGCAAAGGGAUAAGAAUUGAGAUUCCUGAAAUUGUUAAUUGUUCAGCUAGAACUGGAUUGGAUAUGCUGACAAAACACUUUGCUGAGGCCAUUGCAUUCGACAUUAUGUUCUUCUUGCCAGACAGUGAAGAUGAUUUUGCUUCCUACACUGAAUUCCUUCAUUAUCUAGGUGCGAAAAACCGUGCUGGUGUUGCAAAGUUUGAUGAUGGGAUGACAUUGUUUUUAGUACCUCCUUCAGACUUCUUGAAGACUGUUUUGAAAGUUGCUGGCCCUGAACGUCUUUAUGGUGUGGUUCUCAAGUUUCCACAACAAGUUCCUAGUGCUGCUUCCAUUCAGCAACCAUCACAUCUACCCAUUGAAUCUUCACAAUAUAUAGAUAAACAGCAGAUUCCUCCUAUACAUGCUGAGUAUACCAUUCCAUCGAAGGAUGAACAUGGUUUUCCUAUGGAAUAUUAUAACAGGGUUUCAAGUGAGGACUCAAAGCUUUCUUCAAAAUCACUGUUUCCACCUACUAGCGAUUCUUCUAUGGUGCAGUCAGUAACCCAAGAUUAUUCCUCUAAAUAUAGUAAUAGUGCUGCAGUAUCACAGGCUGGAGUUCCAUUAUUAACACCUGAACUUAUUGGCUCUCUGGCGACUUUACUGCCUGGAAAUGCACAGCCGUCUUUGCCAGAAAGUUCGAAGCUAUCGGCAUGGGAAACAAGAUCAGCAGUUAGGCCCUCAUUUCCUGGAUGGAAACAAGAUCAACAAAUUUCUGAUCACACCGGUCAUGCAUUGCAACAGUUAGGUAGUCAGUUCAAUCCACAAGAACAAAGUCUUCCACAGUACCAGCCUACUUAUCCAUCCGGUUCAAACACAUCAAGUUACCACUCUGGUCCACUGGUGCUUGGUACCACCCAAAUGCCAGAUUCUUCUUCUGUCAGUCUGCCUCUGCCACAGGCUGCAAGUUCUUCUAGGCCCUUGAGUAAUUUUAUGGUACCUUCUCAAGGUGGACAGAUUACUGGAUCCUCGCUUCCUAGUCAUCCAAAUUAUUUGGCUGAAGCUCUGCCUGUCAGUAGUUAUAUGACCUCUUCUGGUGGUAAUUUGCAGUCUGAUCAGACCUUUGUGCCAUUAGGGGCUAAUAAAGUUAACUCAGAAUACCCAAAUCAGAUGCAGCAGCUUCAUUCUGCACUUCUGGGUGCUGGUCAGAGUACCUCAGAGGGUGAGGCGGACAAAAAUCAUCGCUAUCAGUCCACACUUCAAUUCGCUGCUAACCUUCUUCUCCAAUUACAGCAGCAACAACAACAGCAGCAAUUGGGUGGUCAAGCGAGCAAAGGGUCUGGAAGUCAACAAUGAUACUCCGUAUAGAAAAUGGACGGACUUCCGCGCUCAGUAGUAUCACCAAAAGGAUCAUUGCUUGCAAUCAAGCAAUGCGAUCCAUGCUCCGGCGGUAGGCUCGAGGAGGGACCUCUUUGCCUGCGAGAAAAUCAACCGUUUUCCCUUCGGAAUCUGCGUGUAUAACAAGCUCUUAGUUUUUUUUUUUACGAGAAAAUCAACCAUUUUCCCUUCGGAAUCUGCGUGUAUAACAGGCUCUUGGUUUCUUUUUUACGAGUGCCGUCAUGUUCACAUCCCGUCUCAUAAUCGAAAUGGCGUAUUGAAGUG